AUGCCAUGCCCCAAAGUGCCAGCAGGAAAAAAAAGAGUCACUAGAAAGAGAGGCAAGACUUCAAUUCUGACAGCAUCUCCGUAUAAAUUAGAGUUGGAAGAAGCACUUAGGAAGGCUGAAAAUGUAAAAAAAGCGAAAGUGGAUAGAAUAACUAAGAAAGUGUUAAGCGAUAGAAGUAAAGAUACGAAAAAGAAAGCUGCUAAAAGUGCUAAGGGUAAAAGCAGUAAAAAGAAAGAAUUAUCCUUAGAAAGCUCCGAUGACGGAAAAGAAGAUGAAGACACCAAAUGCCUUUACUGUAUAUUCUCCAUCGGCAAGGUCCUCAACUUCUUUCCUGUCGGUGGUGAGCGCGAGUGCCAGCCCUCGUCGUACAAUGGCUUCGCCCUCGCCGGUAUCUGCCUCAAUGCCUAUGAUUGCCGUCAGCGUGAAGGCACCGCCGGCGGAGACUGCGCACGCGGCCUAGGCGUCUGCUGUGUCUUCGAGGUGUCCUGCGGUGGACUAGUGCAGAACAACCUCACGUACUUCGUGUCUCCGGGAUUUCCACAGUUAUGGAUGGGGGAGAUGAAGGAGUGCUCCAUUACCAUCGAGAAGGCCUUCGCUGGUAUCACACAACUGAGGGUGGAUUUCGUGCAUUUUACCUUAGGCCAACCAAACAGAACAACAGGACAGUGUGAUGAAGACGUCAUGAUCCUGGGGGAAGGGCUGAAUAACUUUACAGUUUGCGGUCAGAAUCACGGACAACACAUCUAUUACACCUUGUCGAGCAGCGAAACACGAGAACCAGGCGAGCUACCCUCAGUGAAAAGCACUAAACUAACAAUUCGUAUGCAAGGACCUGAUAUGCCCAGGAUAUGGCUGUUGCGGCUAGCUCAAUUGCCACUGGCACAUUCUGCUCCUCACGACUGCCUACAGUACUUCACAGCUAAUAACGGUACAAUUAAAACGUUUAACUACGCGGUGAACGGGCGGCACCUCGCGUCGCAGGGGUACCGAGCGUGUGUGCGAAGGAACACCGGCUUCUGCUCUGUGCGUUACUGGCCUUGUGAUAGUCGAUCUUUUCGAAUCUCCGAUGGCUCUGUUCUUGACACAUACAGUGCAGAUCUCGGCCCAGGUGGUUUAGGUGGCUCCGGCACAGGCUUCUAUGGGCCAGACGGACAAUUCGUACCACCUGACACCUCUGCUACAUUGUCUACCACGCCGCGUUCUACCACUGUUAUUACUGAACAGGAGCAGAAUGAUACUGUGCAGGAAGAAGAAAUGACACCUGUGGAAGAUGAAGAAGAAGGAUCAGGUUCUGAUCCUCAGAUUAUGGAUAUGGACCCGAAUCAAAGCAAUUCACCACCCCCAUCGAAGAGCUUUUUAUCUACGAUCUGGAGCUAUAUCUGGCCGUCUUGGCUGUGGGAACAGGGUCGUUCCAUCCGCUGGUCACCCUACGCACCCUACUUCAGGCCUGAUGACGGAUACAGAUAUUACGGAUAUGGGAAUUUAGGCGUCGGACUCCAACGGUACGGAAGACAGCGGUGCCAGGAUCGCAUUACUAUACCUUGUGAGAACGAGUACUUUGUUUCGAGUCUGACUUUUGGCCCGGGAGUAUGCGACCCUCAUCACUGUGGCAACACAUUCUGCCCAGGGCAGUCGGGGGAACACUGCCAAGUGGAGACCUCAAUCAUACCAUUUGCAAUCUCCGUCCAUUUCGGUCCUCCCGCCAUCAAGAAGAACCCCGAGGAGAACAUUGGAGCCUGUUUGAAAUACCAGCAGUUGCCCUGCGAUUCGUAGGGUGGUUUCAAAAUUACGAAAAUCCAAGACUCCAAGAGUCUGAUUUUAUGAGUUUAAGCCAAGAAGUAGAGCAAGUAGUAGGUAGAGCUCCUUGUGAAAGAGUUCGUCCACGGAAGUACUGCCACCUUACCCAUACCGUACCCAUUUCUGCUGCCAAGCAGUAAUGCUCACAUUAUUGCGUUCCGGUUUUGAAGGAACGCUGGUUUCUGCUCAGUGCGUUACUUGCCUUCUGAUGGUCGAUCUUUUCCAAUCUCCAAUGGCUCUGCUAUUAAAAUAACUAAAAUAAAAAGACAUUUGUUUCUCCACAAAACAUAAGAAACAUAAUACUUGAAAAACGAAUAGAAAAAAAAACAAUUCAGUGAUAUGGACGAAAAGGUCGCUCACAUUUUGGCAUUGCUGAUUUUCAGUCCUCCUCUGUUCUAGCUAGCUGUUCGCUUGAUCAUUUUAUCUCCAGGUGGACAAGCAAUAUUCGUGUUUUCUUGGAUGCGAAACGAAGUUACUGCAUAAGCGACAUCCGAAGUUAGUUCGACUGCUUUAGAUUUAUAUAGUCCCGAAUUCGGAAUUUCAGAAUGAAUCGGAUGCAGUGCCCAAAAUUCAAAAGCUAACUUAAGUAACAAUAGAGCUCUUUGAGAAUGAGUUUUUCUGCUGUCCAGUAGUCAUGUGAGCUGCUGGUGAUAUUACAGGCACACGAUUCUUGUAUGUCUUACGGUGACGGACGCAACUGCAGUGCCCUUUAGAUCUUUGUGAUUUAAAGGUGCAAAAGGUGCUAGAUCGUCCCGUCGUUAGAAGUAGUCCAUUUCACAUAGGAUAGGUACUGUGAUGUUUAAAAUUUUUACGUUGCAUUCAUACUAUUUUUAUUAUGGAUGCGAAUCAUGGACCAUAAAAGAAGACCUUAGGAAGAAACUUGAAGUGUUCGAAAUGUGGUGCUAUUGUAGAAUACUCCACAUCAGUUGGACGGACAAAGUCACGACUGCCGAGGUCCUUAAACGAAUGGCGAAGAAGGUGGAGUUGGUACGCACUGUCAGAG